AGCAGCAGCUGCCAACAUAGAUGAAGUGCAGAAGUCAGAUGUGUCAUCCACGGGGCAGGGUGUCAUCGACAAGGAUGCACUGGGGCCUAUGAUGCUUGAGGCCCUCGAUGGGUUCUUCUUCGUUGUGAACCUGGAAGGCAAUGUGGUGUUUGUGUCAGAGAAUGUGACACAGUAUCUACGGUACAACCAGGAAGAACUGAUGAACAAGAGUGUCUACAGCAUCCUGCAUGUUGGGGACCACACUGAAUUUGUCAAGAACCUGCUGCCAAAGUCCAUGGUGAAUGGGGCAUCUUGGUCUGGAGAAGCUCCCAGGCGGAACAGCCAUACCUUCAACUGUCGGAUGCUGGUGAAGCCUUUGCCAGAUUCAGAAGAGGAAGGCCAUGAUAACCAGGAAACACAUCAGAAAUAUGAGACGAUGCAGUGCUUCGCUGUGUCUCAGCCAAAGUCUAUCAAAGAGGAAGGCGAAGAUUUGCAGUCCUGCUUGAUUUGUGUGGCACGAAGAGUCCCCAUGAAGGAAAGACCAGCCCUUCCCUCAUCAGAAAGCUUUACCACCCGCCAGGACCUCCAAGGCAAGAUCACUUCUCUGGACACCAGCACCAUGAGAGCCGCCAUGAAACCGGGCUGGGAGGAUUUGGUGAGAAGAUGUAUUCAGAAAUUCCAUACACAGCAUGAAGGGGAGUCUCUGUCAUACGCCAAGAGGCAUCAUCAUGAAGUUCUGAGACAAGGGCUGGCGUUCAGUCAAAUCUACCGGUUUUCUUUGUCUGAUGGCACUCUCGUCGCUGCACAGACGAAGAGCAAGCUCAUCCGAUCCCAGACCACUAAUGAGCCUCAGCUUGUGGUCUCCUUACACAUGCUGCACAGAGAGCAGAAUGUAUGUGUAAUGAAUCCGGAUCUGACUGGACAAGCGAUGGGGAAGCCAUUGAAUCCAAUUAGCUCUAGCAGUCCUGCCCAUCAGGCCAUGUGCAGUGGGAACCCAGGUCAGGACAUGACCCUCGGUAGCAAUAUAAAUUUUCCCAUGAACGGCCCAAAGGAACAAAUGGGCAUGCCUAUGGGCAGGUUUGGUGGUUCUGGGGGCAUGAACCAUGUAUCAGGCAUGCAAGCAACCACUCCUCAGGGUAGUAACUAUGCACUCAAAAUGAACAGUCCCUCACAAAGCAGCCCCGGCAUGAACCCAGGGCCGCCCAGCUCUGUGCUCUCCCCAAGGCACCGCAUGAGCCCCGGCGUGGCUGGCAGUCCUCGCGUCCCACCCAGUCAGUUCUCCCCUGCAGGAAGCUUGCAUUCCCCUGUGGGAGUUUGCAGCAGCACAGGAAAUAGCCAUAGUUAUACCAACAGUUCCCUCAAUGCACUGCAAGCCCUCAGCGAGGGCCACGGGGUCUCACUAGGGUCAUCGUUGGCUUCACCGGACCUAAAAAUGGGCAAUUUGCAAAACUCCCCAGUUAAUAUGAAUCCUCCCCCACUCAGCAAGAUGGGAAGCUUGGACUCCAAAGACUGUUUUGGACUUUAUGGGGAGCCAUCAGAAGGUACAACUGGACAAGCAGAGGCCAGCUGCCAUCCUGAAGAACAAAAGGGGCCCAACGAUUCGAGCAUGCCCCAGACGGCCAGCGGGGACAGGGCUGAGGGACACAGCCGGCUGCAUGACAGCAAAGGGCAGACCAAACUCCUACAGCUGCUGACCACCAAGUCUGACCAGAUGGAGCCUUCCCCCUUGCCCAGCUCUUUGUCGGACACAAACAAGGACUCUACAGGUAGCUUGCCUGGACCUGGAUCUACGCAUGGCACCUCGCUCAAGGAGAAGCAUAAGAUUUUGCACAGACUCUUACAGGACAGCAGUUCCCCUGUAGACUUGGCCAAGCUGACAGCAGAAGCCACAGGGAAAGAGCUGAACCAGGAGUCCAGCAGCACAGCUCCUGGGUCAGAAGUGACUGUCAAACAGGAGCCAGCGAGCCCGAAGAAGAAAGAGAAUGCACUACUGCGCUAUUUGCUCGACAAAGAUGAUACUAAAGAUAUUGGUUUACCGGAAAUAACCCCCAAACUCGAGCGACUGGACAGUAAGACAGAUCCUGCCAGUAACACAAAGCUAAUCGCUAUGAAAACUGUGAAGGAGGAGGUGAGCUUUGAGCCCAGUGACCAGCCUGGCAGCGAGCUGGACAACUUGGAAGAGAUUUUGGAUGAUUUGCAGAACAGUCAGUUACCACAGCUUUUCCCAGAUACAAGGCCAGGAGCUCCUACUGGGUCAGUUGACAAGCAAGCCAUCAUCAAUGACCUCAUGCAGCUCACGGCUGACAGCAGUCCUGUCGCACCUGUCGGAGCCCAGAAAGCAGCCCUGCGACUAUCACAGAGCAGUGAGUAUACUGUUCCCGGGUUUGCGAAUGUCACAGAGCA